AUGUUUACAGCUAGUCUAAAGCAUAAUUACUUUUUUUCUCGACGGGCCGAGACCAAAAAGUUGUCAAUAUUGAAGCAGAAAACUGACAUUGUGCUGUUGCUGUAUAUUUUAGAGCUCUACCCAAAUACGAUUGCAAACAUCUCGGACAAGCUAAUGCUCGAGAUCACGCCCUCUGGUCCCACCUUUAGCAUCUGGGGGGCCAUCUACGUGUGGCAGGCUAUCUGGACUAUCUACGCCCUCGUCAACAUCUGCCGCCGUGCCCCCGACGGCUACGUCUACAACAGCCCCGCCCUGCUCACAUCGACCUUCUUCAGCCUCUCCAUCCUCAACUGGUUUAUCGUCAUUUCUUGGACCUUCCUGUGGUGCUGGGAGCUAGUAUGGGCGUCGUUUGUGUUUCUGGCUCUCGCCGCUAUUUCCAUAUACACACUCAUUGGUCUUUCUUGCAAAGCCCUGGCUGAGCACUCCGAGACACUCAUCAAACAAGAGCGGAAAAAGGAGAUCUGGCUCAUCCGGGCAUUUGUUCAAAACGGACUGGCGUUUUACGGAGCCUGGUGCACCAUUGCUACUCUCCUGAACGUGGCCACUGCCCUGACCUACGGCGAACACCCCAGAUUUGACCAGAGCACGUCCAGCACAAUCGCAUUAAGUAUCCUGGCCGUGGAGCUUGUGGUAUUCUCCAUCUCAGACUGGACCGUAUUGGACAGGUAUACGAGGUAUAUAUUCAGCGAGUACAUCGUCGUGAUUAUCGCCCUUUCCGGGAGUAUCAUUAACAACUGGAAUCCCGAGAAGCGGAACUCGAUCUUCACUGCUGUAUUGCUGGGUAUGGCGGUGUUUUGUUUAGUCGUGAAGAUGAUCGUGAUGUUGUGGCGUCACUUCCGGGACACAGGCAGACAGAAAGUGUUCAUUCCAACGACAGAGUCAACGCAAGGCGGAACAGCGUGA